AUGGCCUUGCUUAGAAAGAAUGUCAUCAGAGAACCUACCCACAAGUUUCCUCCAGAUGCUCGUCUCAGCCAGGCCAGCAGCAGCCUCAUUUGCCCCAUGGCCUUCGUGCUCUCUCUACUGACCGCCCUGGUGAUGUUCAGCUAUGGCCCUGGUGGAUCUCUGGGCUGCAACCUGUCUCAGAACCACGUGCGGAUUAGCAGGAAGAACUUCAUGCUUCUGGGCCAAAUGAGGAGAAUCCCCCCUCACUUCUGUCUGAAAGAUAGAAAAGACUUCGGUUUCCCCCAGGACACGGUGGAUGGCAGCCAGCUCCCGAAGGCCCAGGCCACCUCUGUCCUCCACGAGAUGCUCCAGCAGAUCUUCCGCCUCUUCCACACAGAGCGCUCCUCUGCCGCCUGGGACACCUCCCUCCUGGACAAACUCCGCACUGGACUCCAUCAGCAGCUGGAGGACCUGGACGCCUGCUUGGUGCAGGCGAUGGGAGAGGAAGAAUCUGCCCUGGCAGUGACGGGCCCUACACUGGCCGUGAGGAGGUACUUCCAGGGAAUCCAUCUCUACCUUGAAGAGAAGAAAUACAGCGAUUGUGCCUGGAAAAUUGUCAGAGUGGGAAUCAUGAGAUCCUUCUCUUCAUCGACCAACUUGCAAGAAAGGUUAAGAAUUAUGGAUGGAGGGACUUCCCUGGUCGGAGGCCUGAAGGUAGAGGUCUGUGCCUCGCCAGCUGUUGGCUGUGGGUACAGGGAAGCCCCAGCUUGGGCAGAAUCAGCCUCGGGUGCUGAGUGA